CCGUGUCCGUGUACUGAUGCAAGCCUUGUCGAGACAUCCCUCAUAAACGGCUGUGAGUAUAUGCAUAUGCACCUACUGAAGGAGCAGAAAGUAGGCGUGUGGUCACACGAAUCUAUUGUCAUUUACAGUACAUUUCCGAGAAUGGUUGUCCGCCGCUCGUAGCAUUAUUCCAGCAAUUUCACGGCGGGGGACACCAGAAAUAGGCUUCUCACAUUGUACCAAAUUGGAAUUCGAACCCGGGUCAUCGGCGUGAAGACUGGACGCUUUAACCACAAGGAUGCCAUACCGCCCACAAUGUGAUAGGCUUUGAAGGCAGACGUUACAAGUAUGGGCAGCAUGGUACUUUACGAAGAUGGUGAAGACAUCAAAGACAAAAUCAACAGAGUUAUUACACAAGAAAGGGAAAAGGAUGAAUAUUAUGAAGAUGCCUUUAUUACCAUUGAUAUGGAUGACGUCAUUAAACAGUUGAAACAGUGGCGCAAGUAUCUUCCAAGAGUGGAGCCGUAUUUCGCUAUCAAGAGCAACAACGACCCCAAGAUCCUCUCUCUCUUAGCUGAUCUCGGUGUCUUCUUCGACUGUGCCAGCAGGAAUGAAAUGGCCUCUAUUCUUGAUUUGGGCGUGGAACCAAGUAGCAUUGUCUACUCCCACAGUGUCAAAUGUCUGAGGGACAUGAGAUAUGCGGCGGCUAAGGGAGUGGAUUUGAUGGCAUUUGAUAAUGAGCAUGAACUCGUCAAAGUAAAGUCACUUCAUCCCAAAGCAAGAUUGUUGCUGAGAAUAAAAGCUUCUGACAAAUAUGAAGUGCAACACCGUUUGAGCGUCCAGUAUGGAUGUGACGAGCACGAGGUCCGGUCUCUUCUUGCCGCAGCUAAGACCAUGGGGCUGAAUGUUGUGGGAAUCAGUUUCCAUGUUGGAAGUGGAAUCUUGGAUGGCCGUGUGUUCACUGAUGCCAUAGAGAGAGCUGACAGGGCCUUUACCAUUGCCUCCGAACUCAACAUUUCCCUGAGUGUGCUGGAUGUUGGAGGGGGGUUCUUUGGGCACAAGGCAUUUAUUGUGAAGUUUAUAGAGGUUGCAGGUCUUCUUAACAGCGCCCUGGAGGGCCACUUUCCUGUUAAGAGAGGAGUGCAGAUAAUAGCAGAGCCUGGCCGCUACUUUGUGUCAUCGUGUGCGACCUUAGUCGUAUCCGUUAUCGGGAAGAGGUUAAUACAAGAUGGAGUUGAGGAGGAAAGUCUUUACUUUGUGAAUGACAGCGUCUUUGGUACCUUUAACGACACCUUCACGAAAUGCAGUCAAGCAAAACUACCAUCGUUGCUAAAGGCUCCGCGCAGUGACGAGACUUUCAAGUCCAGUGUCUGGGGACAUACAUGUGCUGGUGACGACUGUCUUUUCAAGGAUUGUUACUUACCAGACCUUGAAAUCGGGGACCGGUUGUUUGUGGAGAAUGUGGGCGCUUACCCCAUGUCUAUGGCCAAGGGCAGGUCCUUUAAUGGAAUGCCACAACCGAUACCUAUUCAUGUCUGCUCUAAAAAUAUCUGGAAAUCCCAUUACUGUAAACCCAGAGGAAAACGCCAUGUCGACUGAGGAGCAAAGACCUGGAAAAUUCCUUAAGGAUAAAUAAACCAAGUUAACAAAUAUGGA